UUCGCGUCGACCGUCGAACAGGUCGCACUCGGUCCUCGUCCUCGUCCUCCUGCGUUCUGUGUUCUCCACUGCUCUUCUGGCGCUCUAAACGAAUCAGAAUGAAGUGGCUUUUGUUGUUCGUGGUGGCCCUUGGUUUGGGCUUAGCCACGGCCGAAAUCGACUCCAGUUAUAAUUACUAUCGCUUGCCGACUGCGUUGCGCCCUCAAAAGUACAACUUGCGCGUCUUGACACUGCUGGAAAAUCCAGAGGACCUUCGCUUUUCCGGCUCUGUUAAGAUUCUGAUUGAAGCUCUGGAGAACACUAGGAACAUAACGCUGCACUCGAAGAAUCUGACCAUCGAUGAAUCGCAGAUUACUUUGCAACAAAUCGGUGGAGAGGGGAAGAAGGAUAACUGCGUGUCCUCCACGGCUGUGAAUCCCACCCACGACUUCUAUAUCCUUAACACCUGUCAGGAGCUGCUGGCCGGAAAUAAGUACGAGUUGUACAUUCCCUUUUCCGCCGACUUGAACCGACAACUGGAGGGUUAUUACCGCAGCUCGUACAAAGAUCCUGUGGCGAAUGUUACCAAAUGGAUUUCCGUUACCCAGUUUGAGCCAGCUUCUGCUCGAUUGGCCUUCCCCUGCUUCGAUGAGCCAGACUUUAAGGCACCAUUCGUGGUUACCUUGGGUUAUCACAAGAAGUUCACUGGUCUGAGCAACAUGCCCAUUAAGGAAACCAAGCCGCAUGAAACCCUUGCCGACUACAUUUGGUGCGAAUUCCAGGAGUCGGUGCCGAUGUCCACCUACCUGAUCGCCUACUCCGUCAACGAUUUCUCCCACAAGCCAUCCACCCUCCCGAAUAGUGCUCUUUUCAGGACUUGGGCCAGGCCCAAUGCAAUCGAUCAGUGCGAUUAUGCCGCUGGUUUCGGACCCAAAGUACUGCAGUACUACGAGCAGUUCUUCGGCAUCAAGUUCCCGCUUCCGAAGAUCGAUCAGAUCGCCGUGCCCGAUUUCAGUGCUGGUGCCAUGGAGAACUGGGGUCUGGUCACCUACAGGGAGAUUGCUCUCCUCUACUCGGCGGCUCAUUCCUCGCUGGCCGACAAACAGAGGGUGGCAAGUGUGGUGGCCCAUGAGUUGGCUCACCAGUGGUUCGGCAAUCUGGUCACCAUGAAGUGGUGGACCGAUCUGUGGCUCAACGAGGGAUUCGCCACCUAUGUGGCCAGCUUGGGUGUGGAGAACAUCAACCCCGAGUGGCGUUCCAUGGAGCAGGAGUCGCUCUCCAAUCUGCUGACCAUCUUCCGCAGGGACGCCUUGGAGAGCAGCCAUCCCAUUUCCAGACCCAUUCAAAUGGUUUCCGAGAUUUCGGAGAGCUUCGAUCAGAUCUCCUACCAGAAGGGUUCCACUGUGCUGCGAAUGAUGCACUUGUUCCUGGGCGAAGAGUCCUUCCGCUCCGGUUUGCAGUCGUAUCUGCAGAAGUAUUCCUACAAGAAUGCCGAGCAGGAUAACCUGUGGGAAUCGCUUACUCAGGCAGCCCACAAAUACCGAGCUCUGCCGAAGAGUUAUGACAUCAAGAGCAUUAUGGACUCGUGGACUCUGCAAACUGGCUACCCUGUUAUCAACGUGACCCGAGAUUACUCCGCCAGGACUGCGAAACUCAGCCAGGAGCGGUAUCUUCUGAAUACCCAAAUAUCCCGAGCUCAUCGCGGUGGUUGCUGGUGGGUUCCUUUGAGUUACACCACCCAGGGAGUUCAGGACUUCAACAACACCGCACCGAAGGCUUGGAUGGAGUGCGGCAAGAACGGCGAGAGCCUGCCCAAGACCAUUCAGGACCUUCCAGGACCCGACCAGUGGGUGAUCUUCAACACGCAGCUGUCGACGCUCUACAAGGUCAACUAUGACGCCCAGAAUUGGAAGCUCUUGAUUGAGACUUUGACCAACGGAGACUUCGAACGCAUUCAUGUCAUUAACCGAGCUCAGCUGAUCGAUGAUGCUUUGUAUUUGGCCUGGACUGGGGAACAGGACUACGAGAUCGCCAUGAGAUUGAUUGAGUAUCUGCAGCGGGAGCGGGAGUAUCUGCCCUGGAAAUCGGCAUUUGAAAACCUCAAGCGCGUGGGUCGCAUUGUUCGUCAAACUCCCGACUUUGAGUUCUUCAAGCGCUACAUGAAGAAACUGAUCUCCCCGAUUUACGAGCACCUCAACGGCAUCAACGACACAUUCAGUUCGAUCCAGCAACAGGAUCAAGUUCUUCUGAAGACAAUGGUGGUCAACUGGGCCUGCCAGUACCAAGUUUCCGAUUGUGUGCCCCAGGCUUUAGCAUACUACCGCAACUGGAGAUCGGAGGCCAAUCCCGAUGAGAAGAACCCGGUGCCCAUCAAUGUGAGGAGCACUGUUUACUGCACCUCCAUUAAGCAUGGAUCCGAUGCUGACUGGGAGUUCCUGUGGACGCGGUACAAGAAAUCCAAUGUGGCUGCCGAAAAGAGGACCAUUUUGACUGCUUUGGGUUGUUCGAGGGAGGUGUGGCUGUUGCAGCGUUAUCUGGAGCUGACCUUUGACCCCAAGGAGGCCAUUCGCAAACAGGACUCGAUGUGGGCCUUCCAGGCGGUGGCCUUCAACGAAGUGGGCUUCCUGCUGGCCAAGAAGUAUUUCAUGGACAACGUUGACUUCAUCUACAAGUUCUACCAUCCCCUCACCAAGGACAUGUCUCGUCUACUGUCGCCGCUUUCCGAACAAGUCAUCACGCUGACCGAUUUCAACGAGUUCAAGGACUUCGUCAACAACUCACGGCCGAGUCUCAAGGGCCUGGAGCAGGCCAUCCAGCAAACCCUGGAGAUAAUGCUCACCAAUGUGCAAUGGAAGGAGCGGAACUACCACCAGAUGUCCCGCUCCAUCCAACAGCUCCUCUAGAUUACCCAGUAACCAGUCAAGUCUCUCAUCAGCUCAUUAAGAAACGAAUCUCUUAAUUUCAGCAGGAUAUUAUGAACGUUUAAAGUCCCCUAAAUAAACUAUUUAAUACUGUA